GGACCACAUUUGGAGACACGGUGUUUAACAUUCGCUAAGUGAUACCAGGGUGAAGAUGCCGCCCCCAGUUGGUCCACCUACUGUGCCCCCACCUGAUGGAGGCUGGGGCUGGGCUGUAGUGGGUGGAGCCUUUAUCUCUAUUGGCUUUUCCUAUGCCUUUCCCAAAGCCACCACUGUCUUUUUCAAGGACAUCCAGAGGAUCUUUGACGCUUCCUACAGCCAGGUGGCCUGGAUCUCCUCCAUAAUGCUAGCAGUCAUGUAUGCUGCAGGUCCCAUAAGUAGCAUUCUUGUCAACACAUAUGGCUGCCGACCAAUAGUUAUUAUGGGUGGUGUCCUUUGUUCAAUUGGAAUGAUAGCUGCAUCCUUUUGCAACAGUGUUCUGCAACUCUACAUCUGCAUUGGUGUAAUCGGGGGUUUGGGCCUAGCAUUCAAUCUCCAGCCAGCUCUGACCAUGAUUGGAAAGUACUUCUACAAGAAACGUCCCAUUGCAAAUGGCCUGGCUAUGGCUGGCAGUCCAGUAUUCCUUAGUACUCUUGCUCCCCUAAACCAGUACCUCAUCAACUCCUUUGGCUGGAGAGGCAGCUUUCUCAUCCUUGGGGGCCUUCUCCUCAACUGCUGUGUUGCUGGCUCCCUGAUGAGGCCCCUGGGUCCACCUCCAGGCAAGGUCCAGAAAGAGGAAGAGACUCCAGCUAUUGCUUCGAAGAAAGAGAAGGCCACUGCUUGGCAAAUUAUCAACAAGUACCUGGAUCUUUCACUUUUUAAGCACCGUGGCUUCCUUAUCUACCUAUCAGGCAAUGUAAUCAUGUUUGUUGGGUUCUUUGCUCCUAUUGUAUUCCUAUCCCCUUAUGCCAAGGAUAAUGGUGUUGAUGAGUACUCAGCCGCCUUCCUGCUCUCCAUCCUGGCCUUUGUGGACAUGUUUGCCAGGCCCUCUAUGGGACUCCUGGCCAAUUCACGUUGGGUGCGUCCCAGGAUUCAGUAUUUCUUUAGCUUUGCAGUGCUCUACAAUGGUGUAUGCCAUGUCUUGUGUCCACUGGCUGAGAGCUAUACGGGCAUGGUGGUAUAUGCAGUGUUCUUUGGCUUUGCUUUUGGCAUGGUGAGUGCUGUGCUUUUUGAGACACUCAUGGAUCUGGUGGGGGCUCAGCGGUUCUCCAGUGCUGUGGGACUCACCACUAUUGUAGAAUGUUGCCCUGUCCUUAUAGGACCUCCACUUGCAGGGAAAUUGGUCGAUGUCACCAAAAACUACAAAUAUAUGUACAUUUGCUGCGGCUCGGUAGUAAUCUUGGCCAGCAUCUGGCUCUUCAUCGGAAACUUCAUCAACUAUCGGUUGCUGGAUCGUGAACGCAAGCAGGAAGAGAUGUACAAGCAGACUGGGACAGAGGACCCUGACCGGGACCAAGACCAAAAGGAAAGUGAUGCCCAAGCCUCGCAAGAGCUUUGUGGGAAUGAGGAAAAUGCAGUGCAGAGAGAGACCAACAUUUAG